CGUGGAGCUCCAGUCUGCAGCCAGACUCCUUUGAAACAAGCAGCAGGGGAAGGAGCCCUGCUCAUCUGACAGCAGCACACUAAAGGAAUGCUUCCACUUUACAUAAACAUGACGGCCCUCAGAGGCGCACACCGGUUGCUGUAUCACACAUUGAAAAAUGAGAAGAAUUCUUUGAUAAAACAGCAGUGGACGAGGAACUCGAGUGCUGCAGCAACUGCAAUGCAAACUAGUGCAACAAAACCGCAUUCUGAACCUGAUAAAAGGAAACCUAAAACCGGGAUCCUUAUGCUGAACAUGGGAGGGCCUGAGACACUAGAAGAUGUGCACGACUUUCUACUGAGGUUAUUUCUGGAUAAAGACCUCAUGAGUCUUCCCGCCCAAAGUAAAUUAGGUCCUUUCAUUGCCAAGCGGCGCACACCAAAAAUUCAAGAACAGUACAGCAAAAUUGGUGGUGGUUCACCAAUUAAAAAAUGGACUGCUAUGCAAGGAGAAGGAAUGGUCAAAUUGUUGGAUGAACUUUCCCCUGCAACAGCACCCCAUAAGUAUUAUAUUGGUUUCCGGUAUGUGCAUCCGCUAACUGAAGCAGCAAUUGAGGAGAUGGAGAAUGACCAUAUAGAAAGGGCGAUCGCCUUUACCCAAUAUCCUCAAUAUAGCUGUUCAACUACAGGAAGCAGCUUGAAUGCGAUUUACCGAUAUUAUCGUUCAAAAGAAGCCAAACCAAAGAUGAAGUGGAGCAUUAUUGACCGAUGGCCAACACACCCUCUGCUCAUCCAGUGUUUUGCAGAUCACAUAAAAAAAGAACUGAAUAUGUUUCCAGCAGACAAGAGAGAGGAAGUUGUCAUUCUUUUCUCUGCUCACUCGCUACCCAUGGCUGUUGUUAAUCGAGGGGAUCCAUAUCCACAGGAAGUUGGAGCAACUGUGCAAAAAGUUAUGGAGAAACUUGGCUUUUCAAAUACGUACAGGCUUGUAUGGCAAUCCAAGGUUGGGCCAAUGGCUUGGUUGGGUCCACAAACAAGUGACGCUAUUAAAGGACUUGCUGAGAGAGGAAAGAAGAACAUCUUAUUGGUGCCCAUAGCUUUUACUAGUGAUCACAUUGAAACGCUCUAUGAGUUGGACAUAGAAUAUGCACAAGUCUUAGCAAAUGAGUGUGGAGUUGAAAAUAUCAGAAGAUCUGAGUCUCUUAAUGGAAAUCCAUUGUUCUCUAAGGCACUUGCAGAUUUAGUUCUUUCCCAUCUCAAGUCCAAUGAGAUCUGCUCAAAACAGUUAACUCUACGAUGUCCGAUGUGUGUGAAUCCCGUGUGCGGAGAAACAAAAUCCUUCUUCAAGAACCUAGAGUUGUGAUUGUGCAACAGAAGAGCAAGUUCUUCCAUUCUGUAGUGCAAAGACAUAAAUACGCACAAGCCUUGUGACUUAUAAA